ACAAUAUAGCAUAUAGAGUGGCGAUGAAACGUCACAGCAGUGGGCAUUACCCUGUAUGGUUGGAAAUUUCGGGUUUGUAAGUGCACUAGUUGGGACUACGUCCCAACUAACUAUAGUACAGAUAAAAUGGCCGAGUGUAUGGAUCAUAGCAGGACUGUUAUUGGAGGUUCUGAUGAAGCAGAAGUUAUUUCUUGUGAACCUUGUGAACAAGAUGGAAGACAAACGGAGGCUGAAGGUUUCUGUGUGGAUUGCUCGGAAUAUCUCUGUGGACAAUGUUACAAGAAUCAUAAACUUUUUAAAGCUUUCAGGAGCCAUGUUCUUCAUGAUAAACACACUAUGCCUCAAACUGUGAAGGAGAAAUAUGUCCAAGAUGUGUGUGUUACAACAUGUAACCUUCAUAAAGACAAGGUCAUUGAAUAUUUCUGUCUGUCAUGUGACACGCUUGGAUGCACUACAUGUAUUACAUUAAAUCAUAGGCAAUGUGAUAAAGUGGAACACAUUCCUAAACUUGUAAAGGCUAUAAAUAUCACUGAUGAUCUACAAACAUAUGUAACUAAAAUUGAUGUCAUUUCACAGCAAGUUCAAGAUGAUAGAAAUACACUGAACUCAAUGUCAGCUAUAGCAGAUGAUAUGAGAAAGGUAGCAAAAACUGAGCUGAAUAAACAACGUAACGAAAUUAACAAAUUCUUUGAUAAACUUGAGAAGGAAAUGGAGAACAAAAUUGAUGAAAUACAUGCAAGUAAUACAACCACCUUCACUAAAACUUGUACAACAUACAAUACCAUGGAUAAAGACCUUAAAGAACUGAAAACAAAGAUUGAUAUUAAAGAGAAAGUUGGUCAACACUGUGAAGCCUUUAUAGCUAUGAAACAAUCAGCUAGGAAUACUGGGAUCAUUGAAAAACAAUUAAGAAGUUUAUUGGAAGGAAGAAAAAUACUGCAGUAUGAACUUCUUCAUUCUCCUCAAAUCACAGACAUGAUGGAAAAGGUAACUGAGAUAUGCAGAAUAGAGACUGUUAUACCAAAAUUACCAGCAAAAUCAAACAAUAAAACUUCCGAACAACCUUCAAAUCGUUCUGAUACCUACUCUACUACAACUAGCUGUUUAGCAAAUAAGAAAUCAUUGACCAGUCUUCGACUUAACCCACUCGACCGACGACCGAGUCGAGUAAAUUUGCGGGUGGUCGAGUGAAAAUUCCAAGCUGGUAGCCCGUCUGGUCGAGGGCUU